AAUGGCGAUGUGCGUGACUGUGUUUGCAGCGCUCUCUAGCUGCCUCCCCUCAUCAUACCCCCGAGAGCCUCUCUCCUGGCGGCCCUUUCGACUCCCCCUCUCUCUGCGAAAACACUUUCGGGAAGAAACGCGGAUCCGUGCGUGCUCAGCCAGUCUUUUUUUUUUUUUAGAGCAAAACCGUGGCCUAGCAGGAAGAACGGCUCGAACAUGCGGGGAAAGAAACGGGCGUUUGGGGAGUCCUUGGUUUGGCUUGUGUGUCUCGUGACGCUCGUCGAUGCGUAUCGAUUCAUAAGCCAGGACAUAGCCUCCCAGUUCCUGAGCAGGCACAGGAGAGCCAACUCUAUGUUUGAGGAGAGCAGGAAGGGCAACUUGGAGAGGGAGUGCAUCGAGGAGCUGUGCAACAGGGAGGAGGCCAGGGAGAUCUUUGAGAACGAGCCAGAGACGGAAUACUUCUACCCCAAAUAUGUUCUGUGUCUGGGUACUUACCGUGUUGGCAUCAACAACCAGGAUUCUGCUAUCCCAUCGGACCUUCGCACCUGUGUGAACGAGAUCAGUAACCAGUGCACACCGUUUCCAUGCUAUGAGGAGGGUUCAGAGAGAUGCGUGGAUGGCCAAGCCUCCUACACAUGUGUGUGCAAGCCUGGCUGGAAGGGGUCACGCUGUGCGAAUGACAUUAACGAGUGCUCAGAUCCUGAGUUUCCAGCGGGAUGCAACCAAAAAUGUUACAAUGUCCCGGGGAGUUUCUACUGCAUGUGUGAAGAUGGCUACAUGCUCAAAGACAAAAUCAACUGCAUAGAUAUUGAUGAAUGCCUAUUGUAUCCCAGUAUCUGUGAAAAACCAGCUAAAUGUGUUAACACGCUGGGCAUGUACGAGUGCAAUUGCCCCCCAGGACUUAAAUAUAAUUUCAUUUCCAAGACCUGCAAUGAUGUGGACGAGUGUCAGUUGAAUGUGUGCGACGGCACUUGUAUAAACACAGUGGCCAGCUACACGUGCCACUGUGAUGGGCGUCGGGGUCUUCGUUUGGCAGAGAAUGGACGAUACUGUGAAACAAUCCCUGUUUGUGUGGACCUGUAUGAUCACAAACACUCUGAGAUGCUUUACCUGGGGGAGCAGUUUGCAGGCCUACCUGUCAUCUACCUGCGUUUUCGACUGCCGGAGAACACAAAGUUUGCAGCAGAGUUUGACUUUCGUACGUUUGACCCAGAGGGAGUUGUUCUGUAUGCCGAGUCCUCUCCGGACUCGUGGUUCAUGUUGGGGCUAAGAGGUGGUCGCCUUGAAAUACAGUUCAAAAACCAGCACACAUUCAAGCUCACCACUGGAGGAAAAGCCAUCAAUGAUGGACAGUGGCAUGUGAUCUCUGUGGAUGAACUGGAGAACAGCAUUAGUUUGAAGAUCAGCAAGGAAGCUGUGAUGAGCAUCAACAGCCCUGAGAGUCUCUUUGCUUCAGUUGAUGGCAAACUGGAGACCAAGGUGUACAUCGCUGGUCUGCCCAACCGCACUGACAACCUCAUCAAACCUAUCAACCCUCGACUUGACGGCUGCAUGCGGGGCUGGAACUUGAUGAACCAGGGAGCAUCUGGGGUAAAAGAGGUCAUCCAGGAGAAGAAGAGUAAGCAUUGCUUUGUGCAUGUGGAACGAGGAUCUUUCUUCACUGGGGCAGGACUGGCACACUUCAACAUUGACUACAGUGAUAAUGGUAGCUGGAAUGUGGAUAUAAGGAUGAGUAUGCGCCCGUCCACCAGCACAGGUGUCCUCUUUGCUCUUGUCUACAACAACACAGUCCCCUUGUUGGUCGCUGUGGUAACAAAGGGAGAAGAAGAUGCUAACCUGCAAGUGUUCCUGCAUGGCAUCUCUGUGGCAAGGGUAGACUCGCUGAUGUUGUGUUACCCCGAGCGGCUGACAUUGCACCUGAAUGUGACUCCCACAGAAAUCCAGAUCUCAGCCAACACCUCUACUGUUACCUACAUUAAGUCUGAUGCCCUGCAGAAGGCACUAGAGCGCCUCAACACCACCAUGCAGAACUCUGUCAGUACAUUUAUUGGUGGGAUACCAGAUGAUGUCCCGCUUUCUGCCACACCUGUGACGGCCUUUUACCACGGCUGCAUGGACAUCACUAUCAACAGUCAGCAGCUGGACUUUGAUGAUGCGUUCAGCAAACAUAACAGUAUUAACUCCCAUUCCUGUCCUCCUUACUCCCCUUAAUCUGAAAGCCACUGAGAUGAAUCGCAACUGUACAGAAAGUGACCUUAGUAUGAAAAAUUGGCUCAUUUUAAGCAGCACCCCACAGUGGCCAAUUCUUCAGAUACUUUGGAUAGAGCUACGUAGAGGAGAGGAGGGAGGCAGGAAGAGGAUGAGAAAGACAUGAAGAGGAGGUAAACAGUUAUAGUCAUUUUUGUCGACUUUCUCUGAUGUGUUAUUUUAAACUUUGUCUUGUUCUUUUUAUCCAUAUGUACCACUGUUCCUGUCAUGAGAGCAUUUUGCUCAGUUUUUUGUGCUGGUUUGCCAGUGAGCUAAUCGGAAACUGGAUGAUUUGAUGACGUAGUUGUUCCAGUUUGUUGCAAUGAAUUCAGUGCUUUCCAAGAAACUUAAAAAAAGAGCUGAGCUCUAUAGCACACCCACUGUGUUUAUGUAAAAAAUAGACAAACUGUCACUGUUGAUCAGUCUGUGAGACCACCUGCUCCUGCUGUUCAAUCAUGGUGCUAUCUCUUAAUUCUCUUCAACUGUAACUGUGUGGAGGUUGAUGUCAGGAGACAGCUAAAAGUGUGGCGGUUGGUUGAGAGAGGAGAAAACCGAGCCACUUGAUCCAGUUCUGUUGCAUUUUCCCAAAUGAAUCACCACCCCUUAUUGGAGUUCUGCCUUCAUGAGAUGCUGCAUUAGUUUAGUAGCAUUUAGAAGCAUGGUUAUCAUUUUAUGUGUGCAUCACUCAUUAUGCCUGGCCUUUAAAGACUAUCUACAAUUUCUUUCCUUCUGUUUUUAUCCCAUCUUCAGGGUUCUCCUGUGUUCAAAAUUCACCUUGUGCAUUUUAAGCAGACCACCCUUAAUAUAUAACUUAAAUGUAGUUGUUCAUUGUUUGUGUUUGCUUUAAUAAAACUUUAUCAGAGCAACCAUA